AUGACCAAGCGGGUUGCCAUAGUUGGAGCCGGAUGUUCUGGCCUAGCAGCAAUCAAAUCCUGUCUGGAGGAAGACCUUCUGCCCUUAUGCUUCGAGUCAUCCUCUGACAUCGGAGGGCUGUGGAAUUUCACAGAAGAAAUUGUGGACAAGCGUGGGUGUGUCAUGAGCUCCACCAUCAUCAACACCAGCAAGGAGAUGAUGGCCUUCAGUGACUUCCCUCCGCCAAAAGAAUUCCCCAACUUUAUGCCGCAUUCCAAAGUUCUGGAAUAUUUCCGCUUGUAUGCCGAGAAGUUCCAACUUCUUCAGCACAUUCGCUUCAAUACGGAAGUUGUAUCCAUAAGGAGAGGGGAAAGGACCUUCCCAGACAAGAAGCUGCAAGUCUGUGAGCAACUCCUCGGGGACAAGGGUAAUGUCAGGACUGGAUGCUGCAGGAACAAUAUCACUGCUGGCUUCCAGUGUCCCUAUGAUAAUGUAUGUUCUGGAACCCAGUGCUCCGGGGACAAUAUCAGUGCUGAACCUCAGUGCUCCGGAGACAAUAUAAGUGCUGAACCUCAGUGCUCCGAUGAAAAUAUCAGUGCUGAACCCCAGUGCUCCGAUUACAAUAUCAGCGCUGAACCCCAGUGCUCCAAGGACGAAACCAAUGCUGAAACGCAGGGUUCACUGACCAACAUCAUUGCUUUAUCCCAUUGUCAUCAAAAUAACACCAAUGCAGGAUCCCAGUGCUCAAGUCGCGACACCAGUCCGGUUUCCCGGUGCUCAAGUGACAAUAUUAAUACUGUACCCCAGUACUCCCGCAAUAACAUCAAUGCUGGAAUCGAGUGCUCCAGUGAUAACAUCAAUGAUACCCCACAUUGCUCCAGUGAUAACAUCAGUGCUGGACUCCAGUGCUCCAAUGGAUGCAUCAAUGCUCCACCCCAAUGCUCCCCUGAUCUUAUUAACAACGGUCCCAAACGCAAGGAACCAAGCAGUUUCAAUGACGUGUCUACAAAUGGAAAUCUGAAUCAGUCUCGCAACGAAGACAUCAACUCGCCAUCUGUGGCCCGGAGAGAAACUACGUGUGGGUUCAUUUCUUAUCCAAAGCUUCCCGCCAUCCCGAAUGUCAAAGAUCCUGACGAGAUGAACAUAGACCAGGGUGCUUCUGAGCAGACAGCUCAAUGGGAAGUCUGGGUCAAGGACAAGACUAAAGGAAGUGUGGCGGUGUAUUACUUUGACUGUGUCUUGGUCUGUUCCGGUCACCAUGCAGACAUCAGUAUGCCUGAUUUUCCAGGCCAGUCCACUUUCAAAGGGCGCAUAAUUCACUCACGUGAUCUACGAAGAGCGAAUGAGGUUGCCGGCUCUCGUCACGUGGUUGUAGGCAUCGGAAAUUCGGGUUGCGACGCGGCUGUUGCCCUGAGUGGAGCCGGCAAGCAAGUGUAUCUAAGCACCCGCAGAGGAACAUGGCUGAUGCAGAGACUGCAGAAACACGGAUUACCCGCCGACGUCGCCUACAUGAACCGGGUCGUUUUUGCCAUAGCUUUAAGGCUGCCAUCUUGGAUCUUGAACAAAAGCGCGGAGCUUCACUUGAACAAAGCCGUGGAUCACACGCUCUAUGGCUUACGCCCUAAGCAUGCUCCUUUGGCCACACAUCCAACUGUCAACGACGAGCUGCCCAACAAGAUCGCCUGUGGUCACGUGAUCUUAAAACCAGAUAUUGAUUCGUUCACGGAGUUCGGCGUCAAAUUUGGGGACGGGACAGUUGCUGAUGAUGUAGAUACGGUUGUCAUGGCUACAGGAUACAAAAUCGGCUUUCCCUUCCUCGACGAGUCCAUAAUUGAGGUGAAGGGGAAUCAGAGUCCGCUCUACCUGUACAUGUUCCCGCCCGCUUUAACUCCGCCCACAUUGGCUGUGAUUGGCUGCGUCCAAGCGGAAGGAGCUCUUGUGCCGGUGACUGAAAUGCAGUGUCGAGUGGCAGUCCGGGUGUUCACGAAUAACGUAAAACUACCUUCGCAGCGGCAGAUGAUGAAGGAUGUUGACGCAAGGAAGCGAACCAUGGAGACACGAUACAUCCACACCGAGCGCCACACCGUCCAGGUCUCCUUUCUUCCCUACAUGGACGAGCUGGCGGCCAUGGUUGGCUGUCAGCCAAAGAUCG